AUGAACCUUGCGGAAUUGGGCGUCGAGCGCUGCCGCAAAGCCGGAUAUCUGGGAGCCGUUGGCACCCCGACAGCAGAUGCUACGUCGUUUGAGGACGUAGGCGGUCUAGAAGAGCACGUGCGUGGGCUGAAAGAAAUGGUGAUGCUGCCGCUAGUCUACCCGGACCUGUGCGAGACACUGGGGAUCCGGGCGCCGCGCGGCGUACUGUUUCACGGACCGCCGGGGACGGGUAAGACGCUGCUGGCGCGGGCGCUGGCGUCGGGCAAGGCGGGCGGCCCGCCGAUUGCCUUUUUCAUGCGACGCGGCGGCGACGUACUGUCCAAAUGGGUGGGCGAGGGAGAGCGCACUUUGCGCAAGCUGUUUGCGCAGGCGCGCGCAUUCCAGCCGUCAAUUAUAUUCUUUGACGAGCUGGACGGGCUGGCGCCGGUGCGCAGUGCGCGGCAGGACCAAGCGCACGCAUCUAUAGUAACCACGUUGCUGGCGCUAAUGGAUGGCAUUGAGGACCGUGGGCAGGUGGUGGUGAUUGGCGCGACCAACCGCCCCGAUGCAAUCGACCCGGCGCUCCGCCGACCCGGACGGUUUGACAGAGAGAUGUUGUUCCGGCUGCCUGGGCUCACGGCUCGGCACCGGAUCUUG